GCCGCUCCGAUCGCCUCGGGGCUGCGCCCCCGGGACCUGGCGGCGGGCACGGGCGGGGGCGCGCCCCGCUAGGCUGGGCCCUCGGCACUGCCAGAAUGAAGUUCCUGGAGGCCUGGUCUGACCCCCGCAGCUGAGGACUACCCCUGCCUGCUCAUCACGCACACGCUGAAAGCCCCUCUGCCCCCGGUGGAUCUGUUCCCAAGCCUGGUACCUAUGAUUCCUUUCUGCCUUUCAGGUGCCCAGGCUGCCUCCUUUGAUCUCUUUCCUUCUGUCUCCUUGCCCUCUGUCUCUCUCAUCUAGUUUUCUCUGUCUCUGCCGGACAGUCCCUGAGUCUUGGUCUCACCCUCAAUCUUGCUGUUUCUCUGGCUUCUGGGUUUCCCUUCACUGCCCCCAGUCUCCUCACUCCGCCCCCGAGCCUGCCCCCUCCUCUCCCAGCUUUGGCACUCAUUCUGCCUCAUGAGCCCAGGCCCCCUUCAAGGACUGCAGGACUAUGUGGGCUGGAGAAAGGUCGGGAGAAGUGGGCUUCUACCCAGGGAGGAAGGUUCUUUCACAGGUUUGCAACCCCGUCUUGGGCUGCACCCCUUGACAUCUCUCAUCCUUACCCUAGACUCCUUAAGACCACACCUCCAUUAAUCCCAACCUCUCCAACUCCCUGGCUGCAUGCCCAACCUGGGAGGGCAGGGACCAGAUUUGGGCCUCCAAGCCAUCCCAGCAUCCCCUCUCCUGUUUUCUUCCCCAGCUUCCCUGCUCAGAGUUGACUGACUGGAGAUUUAUCAGCUUGGAAGGCUGGAGGUGUGGAUCCAUGGGGUAGCCCCAACACAUCUGCCCCUGUGCCCCAGCCAGCUCAUGGGCCAUCCAGCCUGGCCCAGCCUCAGCACCUGGGGCUAGUGAACAGAGCCCUGACUGGAGCCCAAACAUGUGGGGCCUGGUGAGGCUCCUGCUGGCCUGGCUGGGUGGCUGGGGCUGCAUGGGGCGCCUGGCAGCCCCAGCCCGGGCCUGGGCAGGGUCCCGGGGGGGACCGAGGCCUGGACUACUGAGGACCCGAAGGAGCUGGGUGUGGAACCAGUUCUUUGUCAUUGAGGAAUAUGCCGGUCCAGAGCCCGUCCUCAUUGGCAAGCUUCACUCAGAUGUGGACAGGGGUGAGGGUCGCACCAAGUACCUGCUGACCGGGGAGGGGGCAGGUACUGUCUUCGUGAUUGAUGAGGCCACAGGAAACAUCCAUGUCACCAAGAGUCUGGACCGGGAGGAGAAGGCACAGUAUGUGCUACUGGCCCAGGCUGUGGACCGAGCCUCCAACCGACCCCUGGAGCCCCCAUCAGAGUUCAUCAUCAAGGUGCAAGACAUCAACGACAAUCCACCCAUCUUUCCCCUUGGGCCCUACCAUGCCACUGUGCCCGAGAUGUCCAAUGUUGGGACAUCGGUGAUCCAGGUGACUGCUCAUGAUGCCGAUGACCCCAGCUAUGGGAACAGCGCCAAGCUGGUGUACACUGUGCUGGAUGGACUCCCCUUCUUCUCUGUGGACCCCCAGACUGGAGUGGUGCGCACUGCCAUCCCUAACAUGGACCGGGAGACACAAGAGGAGUUUUUAGUGGUGAUCCAGGCCAAGGACAUGGGCGGCCACAUGGGGGGGCUGUCGGGCAGCACUACAGUGACGGUCACCCUCAGCGAUGUCAACGACAACCCCCCCAAGUUCCCUCAGAGCCUGUACCAGUUCUCUGUGGUGGAGACAGCCGGGCCGGGCACCCUGGUGGGCCGGCUGCGGGCCCAGGACCCAGACCUGGGAGACAACGCCCUCAUGGCAUACACCAUCCUGGACGGGGAGGGUUCCGAGGCUUUCAGCAUCAGCACAGACUCCCAGGGUCGAGAUGGGCUCCUCACUGUCCGCAAGGCCCUAGACUUUGAGACCCGUCGCUCCUACUCCUUCCGUGUGGAGGCCACCAACACACUCAUCGACCCAGCCUACCUGCGGCGAGGGCCCUUCAAGGAUGUGGCGUCAGUGCGAGUGGCUGUGGAGGAUGCCCCAGAGCCACCUGCCUUCACCCAGGCUGCCUACCACCUGGCAGUGCCCGAGAACAAGGCUCCUGGGACCCUGGUGGGCCAGGUCUCUGCCUCGGAUCUGGACUCCCCGGCGAGUCCAAUCAGAUACUCCAUCCUCCCUCACUCGGAUCUAGAACGCUGCUUCUCCAUUGAGCCUGAAGACGGCACCAUCCGCACGGCAGUGCCCCUGGACCGUGAGGCUCGUGCCUGGCACAACCUCACUGUGCUGGCCACAGAGCUUGAUAGCUCCGCACAGGCCUCCCGGGUUCAAGUAGCUGUCCAGACCCUGGAUGAGAAUGACAAUGCCCCCCAGCUGGCUGAGCCCUAUGACACCUUUGUGUGUGACUCUGCAGCCCCUGGCCAGCUGAUUCAGGUCAUUCGGGCUCUGGACAGAGAUGAAGUCGGCAAUAGCAGCCGUGUCUCCCUUCAAGGCCCCCUGGGCCCUGAUGCCAACUUCACUGUCCGGGACAACCAAGAUGGCUCUGCCAGCCUGCUGCUGCCCUCCCGCCCUGCUCCACCCCGCCAGGCCCCCUACCUGGUUCCCAUAGAACUGUGGGACUGGGGGCAGCCGGCACUGAGCAGCACGGCCACGGUGACGGUCAGCGUGUGCCGCUGUCGGCCGGAUGGCUCUGUGGCAUCCUGCUGGCCCGAGGCGCAGCUCUCACCCACUGGGCUCAGCACUGGGGCCCUGCUUGCCAUCGUCACCUGUGUGGGCACCCUGCUAGCCCUGGUGGUGCUCUUCGUGGCUCUGCGGCGGCAGAAGCAGGAGGCACUGAUGGUGCUGGAGGAGGAGGACGUCCGUGAGAACAUCAUCACCUACGACGAUGAGGGCGGCGGCGAAGAGGACACCGAGGCCUUCGACAUCACGGCCCUGCAAAACCCCGACGGGGCAGCCCCACCGGCCGCCGGCCCGCCCGUGCGCCUCGAUGUGCUGCCCCGGAGCCGAGCGCUGCGCCAGCCCAGGCCCCCGGGACCCGCCGACGUGGCGCAGCUGCUGGCGCUGCGGCUCCGUGAGGCGGACGAGGACCCCAGCGUGCCCCCGUAUGACUCGGUGCAGGUGUACGGCUACGAGGGCCGCGGCUCUUCCUGCGGCUCCCUCAGCUCCCUGGGCUCUGGCAGCGAGGCGGGCGGUGCCCCCGGCCCUGCCGAGCCGCUGGACGACUGGGGGCCGCUCUUCCGCACCCUGGCGGAGCUGUAUGGGGCCAAGGAGCCCCCGGCCCCCUGAGAGCCGGCCCUGGCCCUGCCCGCUGUGGCGGGCCAGCCGGCACAGGCCCUCUGAGUGAGUCCCACGGGGUCCAGGCAGGCGGCAGCAGCCAGGGGUCCUGAUACCUCCCCGAUUCCCGUGCCCCUCCGCCCUCCUCCUCAGAGCACCCUGCCUCUUACCUUCCUCCUCGAGUCGCUCUGUGUGUCUCUCUCCAGGAAUCUCUCUGUCUCUGCGUGUGUCUCUGCCUCUCUGGCCCUGUCUGUGACACACUCCCUCUGAUGGCCCCUCUGUCUGGGUCUUGGUUUUGUGGCCCUGACUCCAAACCUCCGUUCUCACUGUGAUUUCCCUCCGUGACACUCUGUUUUUGUCGUUCUGAUUCUGAAUCUCCCACACUUUCUCUCUGACUCCCUUGCCCACACAAAUGCUCUGUGUCUGUCUCCUGCCCACAUCCCCCCUCGUUCUUCUGGGUCCCUGUGACUGACUUUUGGGUUUUUUUUCAUUUGUCCAUCCUGAAAACAAGAGUAACUUCCAGCCACUGCUGCCCACCCUCCUGCAGGGGAUACUCAGCCCCAGACCUGCCCGCAUGGUUCCAUCCAUCACUCAUGGCCUCAUCCUGGCUCCACUGGCCUCCAGCAGCGAGAAGGAGCCAACCGCCUCCUUGGGCGAGAGCUCCAGCCCCCGUGUGGCCGCCUCCCUGGAGCUCUGCCCAGCUGUCAGCCUGCCCUGGGCAUCCCAGCUCUGGGCAUUGUGUUGUGUGCUUCCCAGGCCCCAGAGGAAGGGGAGGGAAGGAAAAGGGGAGGCAGCUGGGGAAGGGGAAAAAGGGAGGAAGGGGAGGGGCCUCCAUCUCUAAUUUCAUAAUAAACACUUUAUUUUGUAAA